AUGUUUGCUCCUUUGCUCCUCAAAUCUCUUUUCCUCCUAAAAUCUCCUUUGCUCCUCAAAUCUCCUUUGCUCGUCAAAUCUCCUUUGCUCCUUGAAUCCCUUUGCUCCUUUCCUCCUUUGCCUCAAAUCUCCUUUGCUCCUCAAAUCUCCUUUGCUCCUCAAAUCUUCUUUUGCUCCUUGAAUCCCCUUUGCUCCUUGAAUCUCCUUUGCUCCUUGAAUCUCCUUUGCUCCCUCAAAUCUCCUUUGCUCCUCAAAUCUCCUUUUGCUCCUCAAAUCUCCUUUGCUCCUCAAUCUCCCUCCUUCUCCUUUUGCUCCCUUGAAUCUCCUUUUCCUCAAAUCUCCUUUUCUCCUUUGCUCCUUGAAUCUUCUUUGCUCCUUGAAUCUUUUGCUCCUCAAAUCUCCUUUGCUCCUCAAAUCUCCUUUGCUCCUCAAAUCCUCCUCAAAUCUCAUUUCCUCCUCAAAUCUCCUUUGCUCCUCAAAUCUCCUUUGCUCGUCAAAUCUCCUUUUCUCCUUGAAUCUCCUUUGCUCCUCAAAUCCUUUUGCUCCUCAAUCUCAUUUGCUCCUUCCCAUUUUUCCUCCUCAAAUCCUUUCCUUUUCUCAUUUUUUCCUCAAAUCUCCCCUCUGCUCAAAAGUCUCCUUUGCUCCUCAAAUCUUCUUUGCUCCUUCAAAUCUCCUUUUGCUCCCCCUCCUCAUUUUCUCCUCAAGUCUCCUUUGUCUCCUCAAAUCUCCUUUCCUCCUCAAAUCUCUCCUUUGCUCCUCAAAUCUCAUUUGCUCCUCAAAUCUCCUUUGCUCCUCAAAUCUCCUCAAAUCUCCUCUUUGAAUCUCCUUGAAUCUCUUUCUGCUUCCCUCCUCAAAUCUCCUUUGCUCCUCAAAUCUCCUUUGCUCCUCAAUCUCAUUUUGCUCCUCAAAUCUCCUUUGCUCCUCAAAUCCUCCUUUGCUCCUCAAAUCUUCUUUCCUCCUUGA